CAAGACUGUCGUACAGAGUGGUAAAUUUCACAGGUAUUUGUGUUUUUAGUCGAUUUCCGAGGAAUAUUACACCAUUAACAGAACUGACCGGGAGGACUUCGCAAUGAAAAGUCAACUUCGUGCAAUGCUGUAUUUUAUGUUUGUAGGCCUGGUAGUCUUGAUUGUCACGGAAGCCACAACGAUUGAAGAUCUGGAAGGUUACUGCAAUUGCAGUGAUUGGACAACAGGAAGUGAAACGAGGAUAGCUUCAACGACAACAACUACACAACCAGCAAGUUCAACGACCACGUCUACACCACCAACAAUGUCAACUACACUGACGACUACCUUAACGAACACAACAUCACCGACGACAAAUUUAACGACACAAACAUUACCAACGACAACUACACCGACGACAAUUACGUCGAUGACCACUACACCAACGACAACUGAACCGACGACAACUACACCGACGACAACUACAUCGACGACCACUACACCGACGACAACUGAACCGACAACAACAACACCGACGACAACUUCACCGACAACUGAAUCGACGAUUACUAAACCGACGACAACUACACCGACGACAACUAGACUGACAACUACACCGACGACAACUACACCGACAACUACAUCGACGGCCAAUACACCGACGACCACUACACCGACGACCACUACACCGACGACCACUACACCGCCGACAACUACACCAACGACAACUACACCGAAGAAAACUACACCGGCAACUACAUCGACGGCCAAUACACCGACGACCACUACACCGACGACAAAUACACCGACGACCACUACACCGACGACAAAUACACCGACGACCACUACACCGACGACAACUUCAACAACAACACCGACGACAACUUCACCGACAACUGAAUCGACGAUUACUAAACCGACGACAACUACCCCGACGACAACUAGACUGACAACUACACCGACGAGAACACCACCGACAACUACACCGACGGCCAAUACACCGACGACAACUACACCAACGACAACUCCACCGACGACAACUACACCGACGACAACUCCACCGACAACUACAUCGACGGCCAAUACACCGACGACCACUACACCGACGACAACUUCAUCACCGACCAGUACACCAGUGAAAACUGAACCGGCGAUAACUAAACCGUCGACAACUACACCGACGACAACUACACCGCCGACCACUACACCGACGACCACUACACCGCCGACAACUACACCACCGACAACUACACCGACGAAAACUACACCGACAACUUCAUCGACGGCCAAUACACCGACGACAACUACCCCAACGACAACUACACCGACGAAAACUACACCGACAACUUCAUCGACGGCCAAUACACCGACGACAACUAUACCAACGACAACUACACCAACGACCACUACACCAACGACAACUUCACCGCCGACAACUACACCGACGACCACUACACCGCCGACAACUACACCACCGACAACUACACCGACGAAAACUACACCGACGACAACUACACCGACGAACACUACACCGACGACCACUACACCGACGACCACUACACCGACGACAACUUCAUCAACGACCAGUACACCAGUGAAAACUGAACCGGCGAUAACUAAACCGUCGACAACUACAUCGACGACAACUACACCGACGACAACUACAUCGACGACCACUACAACAGCGAAAACUGAACCGGCGAUAACUAAACAGUCGACAACUACAUCGACGACCACUACACCAACGACAACUGAACCGACGACAACUAUAACAACGACAACUACACCGACAACAACUACACCGACGACAACUUCAACAACCACAACAAUACCGACAUCAACAAUACCGACAACAACUACAUCGACAACAACUCCAACGGCAUCAAUUUCACCGGCGGCAGUAUCACCGGCAUCACUUACAACGGCGGCAGGAUCAUUGACACUUGCAAAACGGAAACGGAGACAUAUUACAAGUAAUACAACUUUAGUAUCUGUAAAGACAGACGCGACAACAGCUAGAAGAACUAAAAUCGAUUGUAGGGAAUGGUGUAGGGAGUCUUUCAACUCUAAUCCGCCACUAAUAAUAUCACAUAAUUCAACCCAACAUUCAGCUACACAUCAGCCAACAAAAUAUCCGUCUCAUGUACAGGGAGGCUCUGCUUACACACAGACACCCACAAAAGGCUCUGCUAAUACACCAACACCAGCAGGAGGCUCUGCUCGUACACCAAUUCCUGAUGAAGGUUCACCUAAAACCACGCCAGAUGCAGGAGUGACAACAGCACUGCCAACUUUAUAUCCUUCAAAUGAACCAAAAUGGGGUCUGAAAAACCCAUCCAUAGCAUUGCAAAUGUAUGUUAACGACACCUUCUCUCAGGAUUUGAAAAAUAAGACUUCGGACAUGUUUAUCAAAUAUUCAGAGUCCUUUAAGAAAUUACUCACAGCGCUCUUCAACGACACAUAUGGUUUUAAAGGUGUUGAAAUCACGGAAUUUUUCCCAGGCUCAAUAGGAUGCAAAUUUGACCUUGUUGUUAAUGCAGCACCUAACGCGGAUCCGUUAAACAUCAGCUUCUUACAACAAUCCCUCGAGAAGUCGACGAAAUCAUUUCCCAACACGAUUACUAUCGGAAGUCGGACGAUUUCUAUUGAAGUUAACAGAUCAGUAUCGGAGAUACAAAAAGCAACAACAACAGUGUUUACUCAACCAUGCAAAUCGUUUCAAGUCAACUGCUCUAGUGAUACAGUCUGUGUGGAAGAUACAGGGAAGUUUGUUUGCAGCCAUAAAUGUAAUACCAAUAACACAUGCUCAAAGAAUGGAGAAUGCUUUGUGGACACACACGGAAACGUCAAAUGCAGAUGCAGAGAAGAUUCCACGUAUGUUUAUAAAGGUGACACGUGCAAAGAGAAGGAAAUGGUUUUCUUCAGCGGGAAAAACACAGCUAUCAUAGGCGCCUCUGCAGGGGCUGUCAUCGCCUGUUUUCUUCUACUUUUUAUCUUCCUGGGCGCUAGGUGGAGACACAAACGAAUUGGAAAAGCUGUAAAUGAAAAGCUGUCCGACCCUGAAGAGACUAGGAAAAAUAACUCUGAGAUCGAGAACGUGCCGAUGGAUGGUAUGGGGAAGACUAACCUGACGUACCGCCCAAAUAAAAGUAACCAACGCCAAGAAGGACGCGGUAACUACUGCCACGGAGAACACUCAGACAUGGAUAACAUAUACGAGGAUGAGCUUGCUUAUGAUGAAGGAAGGUACUACAGGGUGCUCAACGAUCCCAAAAGUAGGUCAAAGGCAUUGGUGUACCAGCCCUCUAACAUGUCGAGUCCUGAAAAGAGCAUAGAAACUACACCUCAGGUUGAUGAUCUCGAUUCCAAGCCGCCAUCAUAUAAUAGGAGACAAGAGAUGGGGCAUCAGCCAUUUCACGAUAUGGUCAACACGUUACAGCCGAUACCGAUGAAGUAG